AUGGCGUCCUUCUGGGCCGUCUUCCGGAGAGUCCGGCUUUGCAGGAGCGCUGGUUCUUCCUGGAGGAGGGAUUUCAAAGCUGGCACCGGGGGACUCCUCUUUGAUGCCUUGGCCAUUGGCUGGGGCCUGGACUUCUCCCACUGUACUGCUGCUGGCUCCUCAGGGGGGCCCCUUUCGUGGCGAUCUGGGGUCCCCUGCAAGAUUAAGAGGGUCCGCACCGUUUUCACUCCGGAGCAGCUGGAGCGCUUGGAGAAAGAGUUCCUCAAGCAGCAAUACAUGGUGGGCACAGAGCGGGUGGACCUGGCGGCCACCCUGCACCUCACAGAGACCCAGGUGAAGGUCUGGUUCCAGAACAGGCGGAUCAAGUGGCGAAAACAGAGCUUGGAGCAGAAGGCGGCCAAGCUCUCGCACUUUGGGACCCCACGGCCGGACCCCUCCAGGCAGGACAAGGAGGAGGAGGAGGUGGAGGUGGAGGUGGCGGUCUAGCAGUGCCCCUUGCCCCUUCCGGCGGCUGCCCACAUUACUCUCCCACCCCCAUUGCUCCACGGGCACAGAGUUAAUAGCCAACGCCUGCUCGGGAGAAAAAGGACCAGAAGAGGCGGUGCAGGACUUGACGGUGCUUGGGUGGACCCCCGUGUCCAGCUCGGGGCAGGGGCAGGGGAUGGGCUGGGAAGUUUGGGCCUUUGAACACCUACCGAUCUGGACAGUUCCAGCUGGACUCUGGGAUCAUCGGCUCCACCGUCCAAGGGCUCUUUCCUAAUCCGAGAAAGGCGUUCCGACAGCCCCCCUCCUGGCUGGGCCAGGAUGCCUUCGUUGGGCCUCUGCACCUUGUAGAUCACCAGGUUUUACUGUUGCAUGUUUUGCUUUUUGAUAUUUUGACCCACUUCGGGUUUUUUUUUAAAGCAUGGAGAGCGGUAUAGAAUUUAA